AUGAAGCCACCCCAGGCCCAGAUAAGAGUAGGAAGGGUCAGGGUCCCAAUAGAGGCCCAGAUGAGAUAUCUGGGCCUCACCCUGGACGGCACCUGGUGCUUCAAGCAACACUUCAAUCGCCUGGUCCCCCGGUUGAGGGCUGUCUCGAGUAGAGUCAGCAGACUCAUGCCGAGAACCGGGGGACCGGAUGGGAAGGCGCGUCGCCUCCACGCUGGGGUACUAAACUCGGUGGCCCUUUACGGGGCACCGAUAUGGGCGGAAGCCCUGGCCGUCAGUCGCCCUAUACAAGCAACCCUGCGCAGGGUGCAGAGAGCGCUGGCGGUCAGGGUGGCCCGCUGUUACAGAACAGUAUCCCACGUGGCGGCGACGGUCCUGGCGAGCAUGCCCCCCCUGGAGCUCAUGGCCCUUUCGUACAUGAGAAUGUACGAUAGGAAGCGUGAGCUCCUGCGUAUGGGGGGGGCGGAAGAACCGCUCGCCAGGACAAUCAGAAGGAUGAAGCACCAGACUCGACAGGUCCUCCUUCAGAGAUGGCAGCGAUCCUGGCUAAUGCCAGGUACGGAAGGAGGACCGUCGAGGCCGUCCGGCCCUUCCUGCCAGAGUGGGUAG